UUCUGCUUCUCAUUUUACAAGAAUGUUUGGCAUAAUCAAAAUCGUACUGCUCGCUUGUGCUUUGGCAAGCGUUCGCGGCAAGCUCAUCGGGCUCAGCUCAUCGUCGCACGAGGAUACCUGGUUGGACUUCGACGAAUGUCUGAGAAAAUGUGGUUACGAUCAUGAUUACACCUUCAAUCCUUGCCUGCUUGCUUGUCUGGAGGUGCUGAAGGGCCGCAGUAUCAAUCACCAACUUAUUUGAUGCAUUUGUUUGAUGCUAUUCUAAGUAUGUAUAAGAGUGUUGAGAA